AUCAAUUAUAAGUAAAGCAUCUUACCUUCGUGGUGAGCUACAAAAACCUUUUCCAUGUAUCUUGUGGUAAUGAUACAUGCCAGCUCUGCCAAAUCAUAAAAAACUGAUCAACUAAAUAAUUGAUUUAUUACAAGUAAAACUUGUUCGAAAAGAACAAGUAUGGAGUUUGAAGCCCAGCCAUAGACGAGAGGUUUCACAAAUGGCCACAAAGUUGAUCCAAUCACCAAUCCCAACUUCCCACGUGUUCCUUCCGAGACCCGUUACCAGCAGUAAGAAGAUGAUGAAACUCGACACUCCAUUCAACUCCAUUAAUAUCAUCAAAUUAGAAUUUUGUUCCCCUUCUUUUUCAUUUCCUUCUUUCAAACCCGCCGCGCAAAACAGCUCUGAGGUAAUAACAGAAGAAGAAUCUACCGAAAGCUGGACUCUUCCCCAAAUCAAACAUCAUCUUUUUGGUGUCCUACAAGGUAUUACGAACAGUGGCAUAUUUGGAGUCCCAUCUGCAAAGAAAUCUGAAAUUGAAAAGGCGGUCCAGCUUUUGGAGUCUCAAAAUCCCACUCCUGAACCUACUCAGUCUUUAGAAAAGGUUGGUGGAGCUUGGAAGCUGAUUUAUAGCACCAUUACAGUUUUGGGAUCUAAAAGGACUAAAUUAGGACUUAGGGAUUUUAUUACCUUGGAGGAUAUUUUCCAGAUUAUUAAUGUUGCUGAGGGCAAAGCAGUUAACAUGGUCAAGUUCAGUGCCAGAGGACUGAAUCUGUUGUCUGGACAGUUGACAAUUGAAGCUUCAUUUAAAGUCGUCUCCAAAUCAGUGAGUAGAGUUGAUAUCAGUUACGACAAGUCAAUGAUAACUCCUGAUCAGCUGAUGAACGUUUUCUGCAAAAACUACGACCUUCUUUUGGGAAUAUUCAGUCCAGAGGGCUGGCUCGAGACCACAUAUGUUGAUGAUUCUUUGAGAAUUGGCAGAGACGACAAAGGAAAUGUCUUCAUUUUGGAGAGACAAGACGAUAAAUCCUGAAACUUGUUAUUAUCAAUUCCAAUCGUUGAUUUGGAGAUUUUUACUCCCUUUGAGCCCCCAUUUUCUGCUCAUCCGUAUUUUUAGGGUACUGAUGAUGAUGAGAUGUAAAAUCAUAAUAAUGUAUAUUUUGGCUAAAGCCAGUUUACCUAAUUUUGGAGUUGAAUUGUUUCUCCUCAAAAGUUCAUUGUUUCUUGUUAUAGUGCUUGGGCGUGAACCUGUUCACGAACUUUUAAGAUUAUCAGGAUCUACCUCCGAAUUUCAAGUGCAUUUUCUGAAUCGCCACAUAUAACUUGGGGGCACCUAUCUCGCUCAUAUCUUUGAAGCUAUUGCUGUAGUGAAGAAG